UAAACGUGUGUUAAACCUACAACCAACCAGCUCAGUAAUGAGCCUGCUGCCUAACUCGGCCUCUGAGCAGGCCUUUUAGAACUGGAAACGACAAAAAGUUUAUUAUUUUGGCAACAAUUAUGCCUCAUCUCCGGUGCUAUGUACAUACUCAAUUUCGUGUCCAUUAAGGCUGUAUAUUCCGUAAGCGGUUACUGUGAUAUGUGCAAUCUUUCUCGGGUUCAAACCAUCGCCCAGGAAAGUCGCCAUUGAAAUUUCAUUCCGAACACAUUACAAGCUGUCAUCCAAAGAUCUUAACAUUCAUCUUGCCUUAAUCUUUCAUCUUGACUACCUGUACUCUAAGAGUGAAACUUGAUUGCCAAAUUGUGUAAGAUAUUAUCACUGCCUAAUACCAUAUAAAUCUCAGAUUCAUAUCAAAACUUUAUAGCUCUUAUAUCAUAAGUUAUAUGAGAUUAGUUGCUGCCUGUGGUUGUGUAACAUAUCUGUAAUAAACAUAUUUAUAGCUCUUUCAGCAUUUUAUAUCAAAGAAACAGGAUAUUUUAUGGACAAACCAACCUGCUGGGUUCAAUGAGAAAGAUCAAGGAAACCGCAUUGGAGAACGAGUAUAGAUCCAAUAGGACACCGAUCCUCCAAAAAGUGGAGUCAUUUCCAUUGAUAAAGUUCCUCAGAACCGGCAGAAGUGCUGAAGCUAGAGGUAGUCACCUCCUUUGAUCAACGAAUUGACAGACAUCAAAAAAGUGCCAAAUUCUCGGGGAGAUGCAAGAAGUGAGUAAACCUCAUGGGGCUCAGUGGAAUGCUGGAGGAAGUUGGGGAACAGGAUCAAACGCAGACGACGGAGGUUGGAGCCAGGGCCCUCCAGCUUCAGGUAGUGGCUGGACAGGGACAGUUGCUGAAGGUACAGCUGCUGCAAACGGAACUGUAAAUGAUACUUCAAACUGGGGAAACGCUGGUGAUUUAGGUUCAGUGUCGGAUUGGCAGCAACCCCCAAAACCAAACAUAAUUGUUGACAGAAACGACAAGGAGGCCUGGCCAUCUAUUGGAGGUGACAAUUCUGAGAGUACUUCCGAGAAUGGUGAUGACAAUGCCUCUGUGAAAUCAGGAUCUGUGAUAUCUGUUUCGAGUAAUCAAGGCCAAACACAUGACAAAACUUCUGGUCAAAGUGCCAUUCAUAGUCAAAGUGCCUCCAGUUUAUGGAGCACACCCAACUUUAACGGAAUGGAUUCCAGCACCUGGAGUGGUGGAAUAGGCAUACCCAAUUCCUCAGCUGCCAACAUUAGCUCUGUGAGCUGCAACAGUUCCAUGAGCUGGACAAGCCCGCUCUCUACAAGUCUUUCUUCGAAUCACCAAGGAUAUAAUGUGCAAAGCACAAGUAGUAGUGAAUUCUCAAACCAAAUGAAUCUGAAAAGUGUCCCCAGCUCCACUGUUGCAUCCCGAACAACUGUGGGUGGAUGGGGUGGUGGUGGUGCCCCUGGGACCCUCCCCCAGGCAGUGAGUCAAAAUCAAGGAGGGAACAGGCCACAAAGUACAGUGCAAAUACAGCAAUCAUCAACACCUCGUACCAUAAUUGGUAGUGGUAAUGGUGGUAAUGGUAAUUUUAUGCAAGGACAGAUGGGCAGUGGUGCUCUUCAACCGAAUGGACCUCAGACAUCUGCCUCUGCUACUGUGUCUCAGCCAGGGCAAAAAAACAGUUCAGUUAUGUCGGUGCAGCAGCAACCACAGCAGCAGGGUAGUUCUAAUAAUAGUGCAUUUCAAAGUAUUCAUGGCAUGUCUGCAUCAUCAGUAUUUUCAUCGAAGUCUCAAGCAGAGUUGGCAUGGGGUUCAAUUGGAUCUGGACCCCAAUCUCAAGUAAGUGUCAAUAAUGCUGGUGGUGAUGCAGCUAAUGCAGGCAAGGGCAAUGGCAAUAAUGGACAACAACUCAAGUCAAACGAAUCUGCUGCUGGUGGAUGGGGAGCCCCACCUUCCGAAGGAGAUGCCAAACUUCCAGAUGGUUGGUCUGGAAAUCCAAGCUCCAGUGGUGACUGGGGAAAUUCUGUACCCUCCAGUGGUGGUCAGUGGGACACAACACCUACUACCAAACAACAAAGUCCUCCGCAACAAUGGCCUGGCGGAGCAACUCAAGGUGCAGGGCAAAAUCCAGAACCACCCAGAUCUCAUCCUACCUCUUGGGCUGAGGCAGCUGGGAAAGGCCUUACUACCAAUCCCUCCGAUGCUUCAACAAAUCCAAGUGCUUCUAAUGAAAAUAUUACGGUGUUGGCACAGCCACCACAGGAUGUUGCUCCAGUGGACACAGAGUUUCAACGUGCAAUAGAUAGUCAUGAUGGAUGGGGUCAGCGUCCUGUUCGCCAGGAUACGGCAUGGGACAUGAGUCAAGCACCCAAGACACAAAGGAAACCUCCUCCUGCUACAACUGAAAAGAACCCAAACAGCAAUAUGUGGAACAACAACAGUGGAACUGCAAUAUGGGAAGCCAGCAAAGACAAUGCACCUGCCUGGAAUGGUCCUCCAGGUGCUGGUCCUCCUGGUGCUGGUCCUCCUGGAGGUGGUCCACCUGGCGGUGUUCCUCCUGGCAGUGGGCCGCCUGGUGGUGCUCCCCCUGGUGCUUUGCCUCGCCCUAAUCCUCAAACGGCGCAAUGGGAUGGAAGCCGAACUGAUCCAAAGUCAUGGACAGGCCCACCAAAACCGAGGGACCCAAACAACUGGGGAGCACCUGCCAAACCAGAUAAACCCGGGGGACAAUGGGGAGGACCUGGUAGUAAUGAAGCUAGUCAGCAGGCAUCUGGUCAGUGGGGCAACAAAGUUGAAGUUGGAUCAUGGGGAAAUGCUGGUGAACCUCCUGGAACAAUAUCCACUUGGGGCGAGUCAGCAAAAGGAAGGAGGGAAGUGGAUGAUGGUACCUCGCUUUGGAACAGUUCUGCUGCUGGACACAUGCAAAAGCCCCCCAGCAACUGGAAUGCUCCUCCAAAUCCUCCAAACGCAUCAAAUACACAAAACAAUCCCAACAUGAUGCCCAUGCCUAGUAUGCCGUCUGGAAUGCCAUCGGGAAUGCCGUCGGGAAUGCCAUCGGGUAUGCCAUCGGGAAUGCCAUCGGGUAUGCCUUCAGGAAUGCCGUCGGGUAUGCCGUCAGGUAUGCCAUCGGGUAUGCCGUCGGGUAUGCCAUCGGGUAUGCCAUCAGGUAUGCCGUCGGGAAUGCCAUCAGGAAUGCCAUCAGGUAUGCCAUCGGGAAUGCAGUCGGGAAUGCAGUCAGGAAUGCCAACAGGUAUGCCUGGUGGGAUGCCAGGAGGAAUGCCAGGAGGUAUGCCAGGAGGUAUGCCAACUGGAAUGCCAUCAGGAAUGCAAGGUCGCCCUGAUGAGUGGAACCGUGGGAACAAACCACCACCCCCUCAACCAGGCCAGGGUUCUGGUUGGGGUGAACCCCCGCCACCAAGCAUGAAGGGAGAUGAUGGCAGUGGUCGCUGGGUAGGGAACCAACAGCAGCAGGCUCGAGCUGGUGGUUGGGGCGAAACAAGUCAGUGGAACCCCAAGCAAUCAACCUCGUCCUCAUCCUCCAGCUGGGGAGAAGAAUGGAACCCCAAUGAACGAAAGGUAAGAAUUGGCAAUCCCAAACCAUCCUCCACCUCCCUCUCCAGCUGGGUGGGGCCGGACGGGGCUGACAUGUAUUGGAACAACCCACCUGACCCAUCCGGCUCUAGUUCAAAAUCCUUCAACUGGGGCGAGAAAGACAUGAUUUGGAACCAGUCUGAUAAUAGGAAGGAUGAUAUGAUGUGGAAUGAAGACGGUUCUAGCAAUUAUGAUGAUGCUGAUAUGGGGACCUGGAAUGACACUACACAGGAAAACAACUCUUCCUGGAGUAGUGCUUCAGGUUGGAAGUUCGGGAGGAGGAAUCUUGUCAAGGUAAUAAACUCAGGUGGUGCUACAAGCCGAUUCCCAGGUGGUGGGAACCAGCCGCAGAUGCGCAGCAGGUUGCUGCAACAGCUAAUGGAGAUGGGUUUUCAGAAGGAUGAAGCCCAACAUGCAUUGAUCAACAACAACAUGAGUUUGAAUCAUGCACUUGCUGAUCUCUACAAACAAAAAGGUGCUAGUGUUGUGAAAAGAGACGAUAUGGAUGUUUUCCAUCCAGAUGGUGCAAAGCCCAAACUGCCUGGGAUGGACAUAGGUGCAACAGAUCAUAAUGACAUAUCAGAUACUCAGUCGGAAAGCAAUCCAUUUGUGCCUAAUAUUAAUUCCAUGCAAAAUACUCCUUUUCCAAAUGCUCAAUCUCAAAUACCAAAUCAGUUCAUUGCCAAUUCUAUGAAGGGACCUAGUCUGACACAAUCUAGUCAAAAUAUGAAUCCCAGUAUUAUAAUGCCACAGCAACAAAGACACAUUCAAGAAAAGUUCAAAGUCCAGCAGCAAACAAUGAGUGCUCCCCCUCCAAUGCCCCCUCCAACUCAGGGUAUGGUAGCACGUGGGUCCAUUCCCCCUCCAAACCAAGCCGCUGUUCAACAGCAGAUGGCCCAACAACAAAUACUCCAGCAACUGCACUUGGCUGUAAAGGCUGGACUCAUCAGUCCCCAGCUGCUGAACCAGCAGCUGCCACCCCCCUUGCUGAUCAUGCUACAGCAGCUGUUGCAGCAUCAACAGAAUCUUCAGUCACAUAUCACCAUGCAACAGCUUUUGCAGCAGAACAAGAUGGGUCAGAAUCUGAAUCCUAUGGUACAACGACAGCAACUUGAGUCUAUCAACACUAAAAUCAAUGCCAUCAAACAGCAAAUACUCCAUUUGCAACGCCAAAUUUCAGAUGCACAAAAAGUGCUUAUGAAGCCUUCUCAACAGCAACAGACCCCAACUGCUAUGCCUCAGAAUACGCCUGCUGGUUCUCUAUCGCAACAGGAAAUCGAUCCAAUCAACACGAUGCCAACAGAUCUUAAUAACCUUGCCAUUUCUACAAGUCAGCCGCAACCACAAUCCAAGCUUAGUCAGUGGAGACGUUCAACAUCUGAAAAAGAUGGUAAUCCAAUCACCUCCACCGAGAAUGUCCCUACUUCUUCUCAGCCCACCGAAAAUGGUGCUCUCAACAAAGCUGUGGGCUCCAAGCCCAACAUACAUCAGUCUCAAUCCACCCCGAACCUUCGCUAUGGGGACCUGGGUCUAGCCAACCUAGGAGGAGAUCCCACAUGGUCCAACAUGCCAACUGUCUCAUCCUCCUCCGAGAAUUGGCCAAGUGCCAUAGGACCACCAAGUAGUUCUAUCACUACUAGUAGCCAGAUGCCUACCGGCAAGGAUGCCAAUACAUUGGAAAGUGGCAAGGAUUUUCCGAAAGCAACAACCUCUGCUAGCUCAACGUUGAACCUCAAUGACUCCAUUCCAGAGUUUGUACCAGGUAAGCCAUGGCAGGGCAUUUCUAAGAGUGUUGAAGAUGAUCCACAUAUCACACCUGGAAGCUAUUCACGCUCCUACAGUCUCAGUACACCCAAGGAGGAUGACCUAUCUUCUCUUACUAAAACCAGUCCUAGCACAUCCGAGGCUCCUUCAUGGUCUACAGCAAAGAACCCACAGCAAAGAUCCUGGAGUGGUGUCGACAAUGUCAUUCCAACCUCCUUCUCCAAUGAGGUCUGGGGCGUUCCUCUGCCAAAGAAUGCCUCUCGUCCCCCUCCAGGACUGAUCCAACAGAAGGGAAACUGGCCUGGGCCUGGAGUCAACCGUCAGCAUUCCUGGGCUGGUUCAGGAAGCUCUGGCAAUUGGAUGGGUGCUCCUUCCAAUUGUUUACUUUUGCGGAACUUGACUCCACAGAUUGAUGGAUCAACACUGCGCACCCUAUGCUUACAGCAUGGACCUUUGAUCUGGUUUUAUCUGAGUCUUAAUCAAGGACAAGCCCUUGUUCGCUACAACACAAAGGAGGAAGCAAUCAAAGCUCAAAAGUCCCUUAAUACUUGCGUUCUUUCAAACACAACUAUUGUUGCUGAAUUUGUAUCCGAAGCUGAAGCAGCACGAUUUGCUGAGAAUGCCAUGUCAUCUUCUCAAAUGUCAACUUCUCAACCUAGUCAGUGGUCUCAACAACAACAACAGCAACAACAGCAGCCACAGCAGUUCCGGUCUACUGUCGGAGGAGGGGGAAUGGGCAGGUCUGUUUCUACCAGUGGUGUGGGGGAUCUUGGCUCUUGGAACACCACACCCUCAGUAGUCCCAGGUGCUCCAGGGAUCCAGAACAGUAAUAGUAUGUGGGGGGCAGGAGGAUCAGGACAGGGUAGUGGGGGGUUAUGGGGUAUGGAAGACCACAGUGCUAGUUUGCUUGGUAAUAUGUUAGGGGAGUCCAUGUAAACUGUUUUUGUUUUCUUUUAUAUUAUUAAAUGUGGUUUCCCUCCCAUGUCGUGUGUGAUCUCCAAUUCAUGCGGGUUAGUCAAAGGUGGGAGCAGUAUUCCAAUAGUGUUAUUAUUGAUUCAUUAUUAAUAUUAUUGUAGUUGUUAGAUAAAGCAUCAAAUGUGUUCUCGAGUUGUUGGGUUCUAUGGUGAGACUGCCAGACACCAGAGUUGAUGCAAAUACUUUGGUGCUUGCUGCUUCAAAGAAGUAAAGCCCAUUUUUAUUUUUUCAUGCUUCUGAUGAAGUAUUUUUAAGUCUUUCAGAAUUCCCUUGUUCUUGUCAGGUAGUCUGGAUAGUUUCUCACCAAAAUCUGGCAACUCUUCUGAUGAAGGUUAAGUCAUCUGCACAAAAUAACCUCAGAUUUCAUGUUUGUAAGAGUCUUUUAUUUAUGUCAGUCACUCAUGACUUCUUUAAUUGCCAUUUUGUAAUGCAAAGAUAUGAAUGCAACCAGAUGUAUGUAAAAUGUACUGUAUUUAAAGAGAGAAGAGGGGAAAAAAGAAAAAAAGAAAAAAAAAUAUAAAAUAUCUAUCAAAUGGGUAUGUGUGAAUUUAUUUUUAUGAUGUUUGGAUUGAUGGACCUGUUGUUGUAUUGCAGGUUAUUUUACUGUGAUAUUGAAAAUGAAUAUAUAUCAAUCAGUUUAAUUUAUGUUAUAAUACUAUGUACUAUGUAGUUGUAGAAAACGUUGAUGAAUGUUCAGCCGAGUGUGUGUGUGGACACACGGUGAUUAUUGACUAUAUGUUAUAUAAAUAUUCCAUGUAAUGUGAUUGUACAGUCCACUGCCAAGUCUGUCUUCAGGUGGACUGGUGUUCUCUUUUUGUCUUCUAAACUGAAUUGUUGAAAUGUCAUUCCUUAAUUAAUAAUCUAUAUUGGCCAAACAUUUCAUUAUUAUGAUAAUGAUACAAUAAUGAUGACAAUUUGUUGCUAUAUAAUUUAUAUGUAGCCAUAUUUUUGUUCAUGUCUUUGAAGGAUUUUUUUUGGUUGUGUGACUGUGCUUGCUCAAGAGCGUGUGCUGUUUUUUUCCCCCCAUAAUAUCUAUUCAAUCAUUCUAUUGUGCGACAGAAUGUUGUGAUUUUGCAAACAAUUACAGGGUGUCCUGUAAUUUGUUCCCUCUUAGUGCUACAGGUGAUACUGUGUAAACCAGAGUUUAUAUACAUUUCUCACCCACCAAAUUUUUAGCCCACUCUUUAUCAAGAAAAAUACUGAUACACAAAUGUUAUUGAUCAUGUUUUGUAAGUUAUAUAAUGAAUCCAUGAAAAGUGUUCGUUUUAUAUUAUUAUAUGUUCACAAAUAGUGUAUGAAUGUUUUUGUUUGAUUCGUAAAAUAUGUGUCUUAUUUCAAGUGAAUUGUUUUGAACGUCUCGCUUGCUUACUGAAACAAUCAGAAGACCAACUACUGCUGUAUUGUCUGAACACAGCCGCCCAAACAUCCUGACUUCCAUGUUUUGUAUAAUUAUGAAUAGCAUAAUGGUGAACACGACGAGCGCAUUUUGUUGGUAGAUUGUAUAUGUUGUUCUCUUUUUUAAUAUAUAGAUACCUACCUAUGGCAUUGUAUCAAAAUGAUCUGGUUCUAUGCCCCAUGUCUGGGUGAUGGGAUUCAUGCUAAUGUAGUAGUGCCAGUCUUUAGAAUUCUCAAAUUGCAGAGUCAGCAGCAUUUUAUUUUUUGUACAUUGUGAUAAAUUGAAGUAGUUGACCUCAGAUGGACUAAUAAGAAGAUUAUAAUGGCAAAAGUUUCUGUUCAUAGCGUAUUGUGAUUCCAUUAUGGUGAUGUCAAAGCCUGUAUGACCCCCAAAAUAGAAACGUACUAGGCCUGACUCGCCGAGUGAUGCUAUAAUUACGUUUAAGUAUGUUAUUAACCAUUGGAGACAAUGAUAUUGGUAACGCUACCAUUAUGUAUGUACCUGUUAAUUCCAUUUGUAUUUAAGAACGGUAAAGAGAGGAAAGUUAUAUAUUGAAAAAAAAUCAUAAAAAAAAAUAUAAAGAUGUAUGUAUGUAAAGUACUUACAAGAACUCUUGCUUUUAUAUGACCAAAUGUUUGACAUAGAUGAUGAUGGUAUUAAGUGGAUAAGGAGAAGCCUGGAGAACUAGAUUGCCAAAGCUCUGGUUGAUAUCCUAGGAUAGAUUGAUCGGCAGGCAGCUUUUUUAUCCUCAAAGUGAUAGAAAAAUUACAUUUUGACAUGACAUGUAUAUUGUGCUCGUAGCAUGCUUUGAAAUGUAUUAAUAAAACUUUACCAUGUGA